GAACUCCUCCAACGGUAAGCCGAAGGGCUCCAAUGGGGGACCGCCACCCUCAUCGCUUGGCUCCCGAUCAAGGGCCUCCUUCCCCAUGACACCAUGUAUACCUCCGGGGCUUAAGGAACUACAGACGUGAUUUAGUAGUGGCGCUAGCUCUGUCUAGAGUUCACAGAUUGGCGAUAGCAUAUACCCCUUCCUUCCCUGGCAGCAGUUGCUCUAAGCUACUCAGUAUAUAUUUGUCUAGCUCGCGGAGAUGUAUGUCAAAGUGAUUCUGACCUGCUUCAGUCGAUCAGUCAAAGGCACAACUGUCCCCAACAUCGCCGCCCAAAUAGCCGCUCAAGGCGGACGACCACCGACCGCGAAAUACAAAUCUUCAGCUGCCCCGAAGGGUACAAAAUACGCCGACGGAUACCGCGAUCGUGCUCUCGAUCGACGAACAGCUGAGGAGGUUGAGAAUGACGAUCGGACGGAGCGCAUCGCCGCCCUGGAGAAGUCGUUCAAGGAUGGCGACAUUGACGAGGAGACAUUCGAACGACUCCGCGAUGAGAUAACCGGAGGCGAUAUUAGCACGACACAUCUUAUCAAGGGCUUAGAUCGAAGGCUGUUGGAGAGGGUUAGGAGGGGUGAGGAUGUUUACUCGACAAUGAGUCCCUCGGGCCAGUCUGAGAACGAUCGCCCACAAGGCGAGGGCGGUGUAGAGGGCGUGGAUGAAGAGUUAGAGGCAAUGCUAGACAAAGACAUUGCGCCGCUACAACAAGAGAAGAAAGAGAAGAAGGGCCAACUUGCCAUUGGCGGAGCGAAGCGGAAAAGAGACGCCAUCCUAGCCGAGCUGAAGGCGAGUCGAAAGGCCGCGGCAGAAGCAAAGGCUGCACAGGCGCCACAGCUCGGGACGAAAUUCAAAAGGAUUGGGCACACUCAAGAGUCGCAACGGCUGGAGGUUGAUAACAGAGGCAGGGAAGUCCUCAUUAUCGUUGACGAAGAUGGAAACGAGAAGCGGAAAUACCGGAAAAUCAAAGACGUGCCUACGAGUGAGCUCCUGAUGCCAGAGAAUGGGGCCAAGCCUCUGGGUAUGGUAGUACCUGAAGGCUUCGAAGCACUAGCUCCAGUGAGCGAUGAGGAUGACGAUAUAUUCACCGGUGUGGGCGCGGAGUACAACCCUCUGGCAGGAGCGGCAGAUGACUCAGAUUCUAAUGAGUCUGAUGAAGGAGAAGUCGAGCAGAGGCCUGGAAUAUAUGAAGACUUAUUUGAGGAGGAAGAUUUGUCUGCGGAAGAAGACAUUCCGGUCGACUCAACCAAAGCCAAGCCGGAAGUCCCUGCCAAACGCAACUAUUUCCAGGAUUCUGCACCCGAAGACCCGUCCACUACUAGAAUCGACCCCAUGCAUGAUCCAGUCCUACUUGCUGCACUUCGAAAACCCCGUCGACAAUCACGAUCACCUCCGCCCCCUUCAGAUCCCGAAGAAGCAGCGCGCCUCAAACGCCGUGCAGAGAUGCUGGCGACGAAUGACCGGGAUAUGGAGGACAUCGAUCUUGGGUUUGGCGGGAGUCGUUUCGAAGAUGCCGAAGAUAUGGACGAGCGAAAAAUCAAGCUCAGCAAAUGGAAGGGGGAUGCGGGAGCAGAGGAUGAAGAUGACGACGAUGACCGUGCUGCGGGAGGGAAGAAAGAGAAGAAAGACAAAAGACGCAGGAAACGGAAGGGGGAUAAGAACAGUGUUGCCGAUGUCAUGAGUGUGAUUGAGGGUAGAAAAAACAAGCCCAAGUAAAGGUAUCGCUCGUUUGGCUGAAUUAUUGCCACGCAGCGUCUUAUUUGGUUCUACCAAUGCAUACUCAAUGACUACGGAAUCCAUUAUCUUCCAAUUUGAAUUUGCUCGGCUCAGGUUUGUUAGUCGUGGGACAACUACUAUCACUCCACAUAUCGCACAUGAUUGCAGAAUCCGGCAAACAUGAUCAAUCACGAUU